CCGAGGUUGAUUUUCUGACGACACAUUGCGAGAUGCUUGUUUUCCGGGACAACAACCCAUCAACAAGGCAGCACGGCUAUUGUAACCCAACAGUCCCGACAGCUUGGUCUUUACCCACAGCUCACUCAUAAACAGCUGCAACCUAGGUAGCUUCAGCCGUCGACUUGAGCUGUAAACACAACGCCUGCUCACUGAUUUUUGGAAAUCUCGACGCAAAAGUCUGUGCGAAACCAAUCGCUUGGACAUCACCGUUCGAACCAGCCAUCCAUCAUCUUCGGCAUUCAGCAGAAGCUACGAUAUUAGUUUUUCGACCAGCGACGGACUGAUUUGUUUUGAUUUUGAUCUUCUUUCAAUGAGGUAGCGUCUUGGUCUAAUUCAACACAAGCUACCUACCUACCUGUACCAAACAGUCUCGCGACCACAAUUCGGGCUUUGGUCAAGUUGAGCAAAAGACACGACCACAACAUCCGCAGCCAGCUGCAAACCCAGAGUCUCAUGGGAGCGACCUGACCUCGGAGGAAACGUACGCGCAACUCAACAAGUCAAAAUAAUGGCGCGGCGUCGCCGGCCCCCACGCGCCGGCGCGCUGACGGAGCUCCCACCGCUCAAGAUCAUCUCCCAGAUGGCGAUCCUGCAGGUCUCCUACUACGCUGCGGCCCUGGUGCUCAUGGUAUUCACGGCGCUCGUUUACGGUAAAAAGUUCUCGAUGGAGUGGUUGUUUGGGUGGGAGCCCGUGCGAGGGGACACAACAAUGGGAUGGCUGAUGGCUUUCACAUGGCUGGUUGACGGGGCGUUGGUUGUUUCGCUCGGCCUGACGCUCAUUGUCGCCCGCUCCAAGCUCGUCCCGGAUUUUGCCAUCUCCCUACACGUCAUUCACCUCAUCGUGACGACGUUCUACACGGGGCGGGUGCCGCGCAGCCCCUUUUGGUGGCUCACCAUGGCGGCAUCGAGCGCUGCGGCCGUGGGGUUGGGCAUGUGGGGCUGUCAGUACCGCGAGCUGCGGCCCAUGUUCUUUGGGGGAGGGCGGUCUUCCGCAAAUGCGUCCGGUGGCGGGAACGGAGAAGGAAGCAGCACUGCGGGUGGCGGCACUGAUGGCCCCGAGGAUGAAGAGCAUGGCUUCUCCAGGGGUAGAGGUCGUGGGAGAGGUCGGGACAGUAGAGGCGAGUACGAAAUGAUGAAGAUGAACGGGAAUACGGACUAAGCCUUGAUAGAUUCGCGGCUGAAAUUCCGCAAAUAUAUACUUUAAUAGAG